AUGAUAACGUCUGUGGCAGUGACAGAAAAUAUUGGCUACAGAAAGACAGUAUCAGGUUCAGGAGAUUACACGUCAGAUUGGACGGCAGGGAAAGCUGUGGACGGGAACCGAGACCAGGAUGUAACCCACAACUCCUGCUACCUCUCACGUUACUACCCGACCUUCUGGCGGGUGGACCUGGCAGCUGAGUACAGACUACACUCCGUAAGGAUCUACAACAGGGCUGGAUAUCCUCAUAGACUUGCCAACUGCAGCAUCUCCGUUGGACCAAGAUCUGAUGCGGUUACAGUCUGCUACACUUUCCCGUCUCAUCCCCAAAAUAUCUCUGACGUAAUGGACCUGACAUGUGAUGGGACAGGAAGAUUCUUCAUCAUCAGGAAUCCCGGCAGAGCACCUUGGCAAGAUGAUACUCUCAAUAUAUGUGAGGUGGAGAUAUAUGUAUGUUCGAAUGGAACUUUCGGCCCAAACUGCAGCGAGUUCUGUCACUGCCUGACUUCAACAUGUGACCACGUGACAGGAGCGUGCCCUGGUGGUUGCCGUCCAGGCUGGAAGGGAGAUAACUGCUCCACACAAUGUUCGGGAGGAACUUUCGGCCCAAACUGCAGCAAGUUCUGCCACUGCCUGUAUUCAACAUGUGACCACGUGACAGGGGCGUGCCCUGGUGGUUGCCGUCCAGGCUGGAAGGGAGAUAACUGCUCCACACGCUGCUCUGUUGGGUCAUAUGGAAUAAACUGCCAGAAAUCCUGCUCCAACCGAAAGUGUACCAGUGAUAGUUCGUCAUGUGAUCGUCGCAGUGGGUCAUGUGACACUGGGUGUCGAGCUGGCUGGAAACAGUCUGACUGUACACAAGAAUGCGACGGUCUCCAUUACGGAACCAACUGCCGCAGAGCGUGUGCAGACAGACGUUGUGCCCUCAACACUUCCUGGUGUGAUCAUGUUACAGGGAUCUGUGACACAGGUGUCUGUCAAGCUGGAUGGAAGGGAAUCGCAUGCACUGAGGCUGCGCCCAGCAAGACUACAGGCACCGUAGUUAUUGUGUCUUGUUCUGUCGGUGUCCUGGUGCUUCUACUUGCUGCUGUAGGGGUCGUCGUGUGGAGGACAAAGAGACGGACGAUACAGAAUCAUCAGGAUGACGUAAACCUGCAUGAAGUACCAGCUGAAGACCUUUCACCAGAAACAGCAGAGGAACCUACCCGUUCCACAUAUGCAUCGCUGGGCGACAGAUCCGAAGCUGACAACAUACAGUACGAAGCCCUUCGUGUAACCGGAAGUGACAUGUACAUUAACUUGAUAUGGUGUAGUGGAGUGGUCGCCGCGGUGAUGGAGAGAGGCUGUGCGCUGUGUUUCCUCGUGGUCCUCACGGCUUCCUAUCUUGUAGACGGACAGGAAGUGUCCUGCCCUCAAGGAAAGUUUGGAGACUCCUGUAGCUACUCCUGCAACUGUCCCGCAUCCUGUAACAGGACAACAGGUGUUUGUUCUGGCGGCUGUGAUGUUGGGUGGAGGGAAGGAAAUGGGACGCUCUGCCAAAAGGAAAAUAUUGCCUACAGAAAGAAGGUAAAGGGUUCAGGAGAUUUCUUGCCAGUGUGGACGGCAGGGAAAGCUGUGGACGGGAACCGAGACCAGGAUGUAACCCACAACUCCUGCUACCACUCACGUGACUACCCGACCUCCUGGUGGGUGGACCUGGCAGCUGAGUACAGAAUACAAACCGUCAGGAUCUACAACAGGGCUGGAUAUCCCCGUAGACUGGCCAACUGCAGCAUCUCCGUUGGACUGACAUCUAAUGCGGUUACAGUGUGCUACACAUUCCCGUCUAAUCCCGAAAACAUCUCUGAUGUGAUAGACCUCACAUGUAACGGGACAGGGAAAUUCUUCAUCAUCAGGAACCCCGGUAGAGCACCUCAGCACGAUGAUACCCUAAAUAUAUGUGAGGUUGAGAUAUAUGUAUGUUCAAAUGGGACUUUCGGCCCAAAUUGCAGCGAGUUCUGUCACUGUCUGAAUUCAACAUGCGACCACGUGACAGGGGUGUGUCCUGGUGACUGCCGCCCAGGCUGGAAGGGAGACAACUGCUCCACACGCUGCUCUGACGAGUCUUAUGGUAUUAACUGCAAUCAAUCCUGCAAAAACCGGAAGUGUACCAGUGACAAAUCGUCAUGUGAUCGCCGCAGCGGGUCAUGUGACACUGGGUGUCGAGCUGGCUGGAGACAGUCCGACUGUACACAAAAAUGCAACAGUAGCUACUAUGGAAUCAACUGCAGCAGCGCGUGUGCAGACAGACGUUGUGCCCUGAACACCUCCUUGUGUAAUCAUGUGACAGGGUCAUGUGACACAGGUGUUUGUCAAGCUGGUUGGAAGGGAACCGCAUGUACUGAAAAAUGUGACAGUAAGUCAUACGGCCCAAACUGUUUGAAACAGUGCAGUGACAGACACUGUAACGGGAGCUUGACCUGCCCCACGGUUAACGGGAGCUGCGCAGGUGGAUGUGACAAAGGGUGGAGAGCACCGGACUGUUCUGAAUGCACCACAGGCUUCCAUGGCCCUGGGUGUAUUGACUGUGGUCACUGUGCUGCCAAUGACACCUGUGACUCCAGGACAGGCGAAUGUCCUUCUGGUUGCCUGGAAGGUUUCAUUGGAUUACAAUGCAAAGAAUCUGAGGGCAACGGGUCGACCGUGGUCGGUGGUGUGGUGGGAACGUUACUCCUGCUACUUCUCGCCGUCAUCAUUGCUGUCAUUGUAUUCAGAUGCCGAAGAAAACAUUUAAGGUCUUCCAGAGGCCAGGACGCUGCCUUCACCCAAAAGGAAAGACAGAGGGGUGGUGACAACGUGUACAUGAACGUGGGAGCCGACACCUUCCCUAUCUAUGCGACCCCUAACAAAGCCUAUAAAGAAGAUUCAGGGAGCGUUGACAAUAUUGAUGUAGACACGAGAAGCAUUGACACUCUUGAUGUAGACUCGAGGAGUGUUGACACUCUUGAGAUAGAGAGCGACGAGGAGGGAAGAGAACCAGAUGUGCCUGAAAAGAACUACUACAACAUGGAUGAAGUUGCAUCGAGACAUGCCGUCCCUGUUGCUGACCUGGAGACUACCACCAAGAACAUGGACGACAACCCAGAACUGGUCGAGGAGGAGUUUAAGCGUUUACCCGACGGAUUUGUACAUUCGUAUGAUGAGUCCAGAAAGCCUGAAAAUACGAAAAAGAACCGAUUUAAAGGAUACUACCCAUAUGACAACAACCGUGUGGUGCUACACGAUGACAGUGACGGCAAUAGGGGAGACUACAUCAACGCCAGCUUUCUUGACGGUUACAAGAAAGAGCGGUAUUACAUUGCAGCUCAAGGUCCGUACAAACCAAACAUCGUUGAUGACUUCUGGAGGAUGAUCUGGCAGGAGGGUUGUAAGGUUGUCGUCAUGGUGACGAGCUUAGUCGAAGGUGGAAGGAUGAAGUGUUUACAAUACUGGCCGGAUGAAGGAACACAGGAGUAUGGCGACAUAAUAGUAACCAUGGAAACAGUGGACCAACUGUCGGACUUCACGAUCAGGAGGCUCAGAGUUAAAAAUCAUAAGGAAUCCAUGAAGCGUCAGAUCUACCACUUCAACUUUACGUCAUGGCCGGAUCACGGCGUACCCAGUACGUUUUCUUUGCUGGACUUCAUGUGGCGAGUCAAGGCCGUCUGUGAGCGACCCGCCGAGCCUGUCAUAGUGCACUGCAGUGCUGGUAUAGGCCGAACAGGGACCUACAUCGCGAUAGAGAGUCUCCUGGAUCAGGCAACGGCUGAGGACACUGUGGACGUCGUCCGCUUCGUCUCUUCCAUGAGAGGCCAGAGGAGGAACAUGAUACAGACUUCGGAUCAGUACGGAUUUGUGUACCGGGCUGUGACUGCAGCUCUGAUGACUGGAGAUACGUCAGUGGAUGGAGAUGCGAUAAGGAACAUCGACCUGGCCAACAUGGGCGCCGUCACCAUGGGGAACAGAACUGUUGAGGAACAUCUACAGGCGUUGGAAUCUGUUCAAGUCAAAACCAAGAAGAAGCGGAUUGUACUGAUCCCAUCCUACAGGUGUCGGUAUGGAUUCUUCCUCUUCGUGGCAGAUGUGGACAAGGAGAAUCUGUGGGCUCACGUCUGUAACAGCAACAGUUGCACAGUUAUCACACUCGGACAAUCCAACAAGGGUUUGAUGCCAACUGGAAAUGAACCAGUCGCCACCACCAGGCAGACUGCCACGCUCAAAAGCUCCAGCAUCAUAGCUGACGACAUCAAACUUGACACGAUAAAUAGUAACAUCAAGGACAGUUCAGUUGUUCCAGUACGACACUACCGUCUGAAAACCGGUGUGCACAGUCCUAACGCGGGUAUCAUGAUCGACAGCCUUCUUCAGUGGACAUCUGAACCAGAUCGCAGGCGAUGCACCAUCAUUUCCAAGUCUGUCAGCGAGGCGAGGCUCCUGGUCCUCCUGGUGAACAUCGCAAGCAGACUUAAGGACGACGGCAGGGUGGACGUCAUCAACAACAUGCGACGCCUUUACCGGGAAGUAGGACAGACGUAUUUUACCGAGGCCGACGUCAAAUUCGCUCUGAAAUUUGCACAACUUCAGAUGGAGAACUUUGGAAUAUAUGCCAAUCUGUAGCCAAAUGAAAGUACGACUCAGUUUGAUGCGAACUACUAACUGCAUCUGAUGUAGUAACUAUUGCAGUAAAUACUGGUAAAAAAAUCUUUAGCCACUGAGCAACAAGGAAAUAUAUUCCCAU